AUGCCUUUCACCAAGCAGACCAAGAACUCCUCGUACUUCAGCCGCUACCAGGUGAAGUACAAGCGCCGUCGCGCGGGUAAGACCGACUACUACGCCCGCAAGCGCCUCACCACCCAAGCGAAGAACAAGUACAAUGCACCCAAGUACCGCCUUGUCGUCCGCUUCACCAACAAGGACAUCAUCUGCCAGAUCAUCAAGUCCGAGAUCGUAGGUGACAAGGUCUUUGUCGCCGCCUACGCCCACGAGCUCAAGCGUUAUGGCGUCUCCCACGGCCUGACCAACUGGGCCGCUGCCUACUGCACCGGCCUUCUCAUCGCCCGCCGCGCCCUCUCCAAGCUUGAGCUCGACGAGUCCUUCACUGGCGUGGAGGAGCCGGAUGGAGAGUACAAGCUCACCGAAGCUGCCGAAGUUGACGGCGAAGAGCGUCGCCCGUUCAAGUGCUUCCUCGAUGUUGGUCUUACCAGGACCAGCACCGGCGCGCGCGUCUUCGGUGCCAUGAAGGGAGCCUCCGACGGCGGCCUCUACGUCCCUCAUAGCGAGAAGCGAUUCCCUGGCUACGACAUGGAAUCCAAAGAGCUCGACGCGGAGACGCUGCGCAAGUACAUCUUUGCCGGACACGUGGCGGAGUACAUGGAGACGCUCGCCGACGACGACGAGGAGCGCUACAAGAGUCAGUUCUCCGGCUACAUUGACGAUGAGAUUGAGGCAGAUGGUCUGGAGGAGCUUUAUGCCGAGGCCCACAGCCAGAUCCGCGAGGACCCGUGGAAGAAGGAUGAGGAUGAGGAAGGCGAGAAGAAGACGAAGGAGGAGUGGAAGGAGGAGAGCAAGAAGCAUCGCACGAAGAAGAUGAGCUAUGAUGAGAAGAGACAGCGCGUGCAGGAGAAGAUCAAGGCGAUGACCGGCGAGUCUUGA